ACAACAUUUAAAAACGCAGGAAAUGGAAUUACAGAAACAUAACAUUUUACGGGGACAUGUGCAUUGUCGCUAAGUGCAAUUUCGCAACGUUGCAUUUCAGUCAUGUGUACCUUAUUACCUUUAAUAAUAAAUGCGGUUAAUAUUUUUCUUGCGAUUUCCACGGAUGUUAGUCCGGAAAUUAAUAAAUAUUGCAGAGAGAAAAAUAGAUUGAUCUCGUCAGAAGAUAUCGACGAAUAUCUCCUAGUGGAUGCAGAAGUAAACACAACUAUUUUGCUUGAAUGUCACUUCUGCCGGGACCAAGAUGAUAAUCAGACAAAAAUGUGGUACUUUCAAGAUCGGUUUCGAUCAAUGCCCGAAAAACAAAUUGAAUUAGAAACGAACAAUAUAUCGUUCAACAGGGUUUAUCUUAAUCCACAAUUGUCAUUAGUUAUAAAAGAUUUUGACAACUCCGAUGCUGGAAUUUAUCGCUGUCGCGGAAAUGAAGGACAAGAGGAAGAAUAUAAAUUUAAUUACAGGCUUGAGCCGGUUUAUAAAGAUGAGAGCAACACUUUAUCUCAAAAAGGAAAUCUAUCGGAUUGGGAAAAUUAUCGUGAAGUUAAUUUAGUUCCUGUUACUACUCGUUUUGCUGUUUCAAGAAUGUCAGGACUUCGUGAAAUUCGUGAAGCAGGCGUUAUUUUGGAAGCAGUUUCUGAAUGGGGUCCAUGGAGUGUCUGUGAACGGUGCAUUCACCGUCGAGGAUUUAAAACAAGCCGAGCUAAUUGCAGAGUGAAGAGUCGACCAGUUAAUGUAUUUAUUCAGAGUCAAAUAAAUUAUAUGUAAUA